AUGGCGACAUCGGUCCUCAGUAGCACAAGCAUGGCCGCUCCCUUUGCAAAACCUACGAACACAUACCAAUCUCCCGCGGAGGCCUUGUGUCCGCAGUGCGGCUACCACCUCGCCGCCGCGUCUGAUCAUUCUAGGGAAGCGGUCGAAGCAACACGUCGGAUUCGCGACCUCGAAGCCCAAGUGAGGCUCCUCAACUCCAAAGCCGCUGCGGCCGUGGACAAGCUUGCCGACUACGAGGAUGAGAUUAGGGUUCUAAGAGAUGCGUAUGGCCGGUCACAACAACAGCAAGGGCAAGCACAAGUACAAGCACAGGAGCAGGCUGCAGUGCUGAGCAGACCAUCCCUCGAAGGUCCUGGCCCGGCCAUAGCCCCCACAACGCCAGGGCCGAAUCCGCCACAAUCACAACAACAGCACCAGUCACGGCUCGCUAGCUUGAGCGCAUUUCUGCCCGGCCGCAAGAGGGAUGGCAGCAGUGCAGGCCAGCCGCCCUUGACGCCCGCAACAGACACAUUCCCUCAGAACACCGCCGCAUACAACUCCAGCACGCUCUCCCCUCCCAAGACGCCUUUCUUCAACAUUGGCGGUGGAUCGAACCACUCGGAGCCCACGCUGUCAGCUCCGGAAAGCACGGUAAAUCUGGUAUCUCUGCAGUCGUCCCUCGAACAAGAGCGCACCCUCCGGCUACGUGCUGAGUCGGACCUCUCACAGACGCAGACUGAACUGGAAGAACUUACAGCACAACUGUUCGGACAGGCGAAUGAGAUGGUCGCGAGCGAGAGGAAGGCGAGAGCCAAAUUGGAAGAGAGGGUCAAAGUGCUAGAGCAGCGGGACGUGGAGAAGCGAAAGAGGCUGGACAAGCUGGAGAAGCAAAUGCAGAGGAUCGAGAGGGCCAGAGGCAUGGUAGGGGAUUGA